UUUUUCCUUUUCGCUCAUCGAUGUGGCGCGAUUACUGAUCUCUGUAGUUGGUGUGACUCCGUGACUGAACCCCGUUCAGCUUUGUUCGAAUUCUGGAUGCGCGCGGAGCGAGAGAAAGAGAGAGAGGGAUCAAGCGUAGGUGGCGUAAGUUGGAUGCGAGUUGCGCGCUGUGCUUAAGGCGUGACAAUGGCCGCGUCUACAAAUUUGGCGGUAUCGUCUGCAUUGUCAUCCUUGUGCAAUGGAGCUGGUUAUGGGCGACAGAGAACCUCCGGUGGCAUUUUUACAUGCUCAACUUCAGACGCCUUUAUCAAAUGCGGAGGAGAGAAUCCGCAGCAGAUAACUGGUAGUAGAUUGAACUCUCCAUGGCAGAGGGUGUUUCCCAGAAGGCUUUCAGUAACCAUGGCCCUUGACGCUGGCAAAGAAGUCAGUGCAGGAAGUGGAGUUGAUACUGAACAGUGGUCAAUCCCCCAGACUAUUGAAGAAGCCAUUGAGCAGGCUAGUGGUGCAGUGCAAAGGGCAUUAGCAAGUGGGAAGAAGAGGCAACAGCUACAGCUCUUGCUCCCUGUGGAUCAACGCCAGUUCAACUACCUCGACACUGAGCCCAGGGAUUAUCCAUGCGGAAUUGGAGCAGAGUACUUAGCAUGCGUUAAAAUGGUGGGGAAAAUCUUCCAGACCAUCUCUCCAUCGGCUGACAAAGUUGAGACGCGGCGCAUAGGGGAAGUUGACAAUGAAAUGGAUCCUGUUGGCCUUGUAUAUCCCGCUGACAAAAGUAUCGCUGCAGUUGUGUUUCCUAUCGCAGAGUCCCUGAAGCAGGGCAGAUCCGGUCACUGGCGAGCAGUGAUGAAAAUCGCCCACUGCUUUUGAUAAAUCCGCAAUGGCGAAAUUCUGGGCAAGUGGUAUCCGAUUUCGGCUUCGGUCCAUGGAGAAG